GAUAGUGCAUGAGUUGAGUAGUCACUAUUCAGCAAUCAGGACAUAAUAAACUAUCCUGAUUCCUAAUUCCUGAUAACUCUCGAGAGUUCGUUGUAAAUUCUUCAGUCUCCACUCUACAAUUCAACCUGCAGACUCUUAAUUUGCAGCUUAAUCUUCAUAUCAACUUCUUUCUGGAAUACGGAUAGAGAUGGGUAGCAGCAGCAAUACUAAUUGGAAAGAUAAUGAUAAAACACCCAGUUUCGACGUCAUCGUGGUGGGAGGAGGGAUAAUGGGAAGCUGCACUGCUUAUCAAACAUCCAAAAGAGGCUACUCCACAUUACUAUUAGACCAAUUUGACAUGCUGCAUAACCGAGGUUCUUCCCAUGGAGAGUCUCGAACCAUUCGAGCCACUUAUCCUGAGCCCUACUACUCAUCCAUGGUUCUAGAGUCCUCCAAACUUUGGGAGGAGGCUCAAGCCCAAAUUGGUUACAGGGUCCUAUAUCCCACUAACCAGCUCGACAUUGGGCAUGCUAAUGACCUGUCUCUCAAAGCUGCCAUUCGUAGUUGUCGGUCCAAUUCCAUUGAGUUUCGGAUGCUUAAUCAAGCCCAAUUAGCUCAGGAGUUCUCAGGCGGGGUUUUAAUACCACAGGAUUGGAUUGGGCUUGUGAGUGUAGGCGCGGGUGUGAUCAAGCCUACCAAGGCUGUGUCCAUGUUUCAGACCCUUGCCUUCCAUAAUGGAGCAAUUCUUAAAGAUAACAUGAAGGUUACUGAUAUAAAGAGAGAUAUGAACGGUUUGGUUGUGGUUUCUACAGAUAAAGGUGAAAAAUUCUAUGGCAGUAAAUGUGUUAUCACUGCAGGCGCUUGGACGACAAAGCUAGUGAAGGCUAUAACAGGGCGUGAACUUCCAAUUCAACCUUUGGAGACUACGAUAUGGUACUGGAAAGUUAAAGAAGAGUAUCAAAAGGAUUAUUCAAUUGAAGGGGGGUUUCCAUCCUUUGCUUCAUAUGGGUGCCCAUAUCUGUAUGGUACACCCUCUCUGGAGUAUCCUGGGUUGAUUAAGGUAGCGGUUCAUGGGGGACAGAUAAGUGACCCUGAUAAACGUAGUUGGACACCAAAACCAGAGUUUGUUGACAUUAUCAGGAAUUGGGUCCGAGAGAGGUUUGGGGGACGAGUUGAGCAUGUUCAUCCAAUCGCAGUUCAAUCCUGCAUGUAUUCAAUGACACCAGAUGAGGAUUAUGUGAUAGACUUCUUAGGAGGGGAAUAUGGGAAGAAUGUGGUAGUAGCGGGUGGGUUUUCAGGACACGGGUUCAAGAUGGGUCCGUUGAUAGGAAAAGUGCUGGCUGAUUUGGUACUCCAUGGAGAAGCCAAAGGGAUGGAGCUCCAGCACUUCAAGAUGGCAAGGUUUGAGAAGAAUCCCAAAGGUAACAUCAAAGAGUAUGCGGAGCAAGUGGGUAUCUCCAAGCUAUAAGUUUGAGGUCUUCUUCUAGAAUAGAUUAAUGGAAGAGCCAACUUUUUUCUUGUUUGUGUUUGAGAAGCUGAUCAUCAUGAACUAUAAAGAUUUAAGACCUGUAGAUUUGUGUUAUUUGAUAAUUUUAACUUUUGAAUGCGGACAUUUCUCUUUACCCACUCUUGCAGAGGGCAUGGGUAUGAUUGCCACCUAACGCCCCCGACCCUGUCUUAUACGGGAUAUUAGAUUGUUGACUUUGACUUUAAUAAUUUCAAGAUUUCAACUCUUCUCAAAAGGAUGUUCGCCUUUUGAUAGAGUCUGACACCAUAGUUGAGUAAGAGUCUAUGAAAGAAUUCUGAUUUCUGCUCAAAAGAUGUCUAUCAACUCUGAAGUCACGACCCGCCUAAGUUGGCUAUAGUGGACAG